AUGGAAGGCGGUUACGAGCAAGGCGGUGGAGCUUCUAGAUAUUUCCAUAACCUCUUCAGACCGGAGAUUCACCACCAACAGCUUCAACCACAGAGCGGAAUCAAUCUUAUUGACCAGCAUCAACAUCACCAACAUCAUCAUCAACAACAACAACAACAACCGUCUGAUGAUUCAAGAGAGUCCGACCACUCAAACAAGGAUCAUCAUCAACAGGGUCGACCCGAUUCAGACCCGGCUACGUCAAGCUCAGCACCGGGAAAACGUCCACGUGGGCGUCCACCGGGAUCUAAGAACAAGGCAAAGCCACCAAUCAUAGUCACGCGCGAUAGCCCCAACGCGCUUAGAUCUCACGUCCUUGAGGUAUCUCCGGGAGCUGACAUAGUCGAGAGUGUUUCCACUUACGCUAGGCGGAGAGGAAGAGGCGUCUCCGUCUUAGGAGGGAACGGCACCGUUUCUAACGUCACUCUCCGUCAGCCAUCCACUCCUGGAAAUGUCGGUGGUGGGGCUGGAGGUGGAGGAGGAGGAGGAGGAGUUGUGACUUUACAUGGAAGGUUUGAGAUUCUUUCUCUAACGGGAACCGUUUUGCCACCUCCUGCUCCUCCUGGUGCAGGUGGUUUGUCUAUAUUUCUAGCCGGAGGGCAAGGUCAGGUGGUUGGAGGAAGCGUCGUGGCUCCGCUUAUUGCAUCAGCUCCGGUUAUACUAAUGGCUGCUUCGUUCUCAAAUGCGGUUUUCGAGAGAUUGCCGAUUGAGGAGGAGGAAGAAGAAGGCGGUGGUGGCGGCGGAUCAGGAGGAGGGGUAGGAGGAGGGCCACCGCAGAUGCAGCAAGCGCCGUCAGCGUCUCCUCCGUCAGGAGUGACCGGUCAGGGACAGUUAGGAGGUAAUGUGGGUGGUUAUGGGUUUUCCGGUGAUCCUCAUUUGCUUGGAUGGGGAGCUGGAACACCUUCAAGACCACCUUUUUAA